GACUAAGCUAGUCAGAGAAAGAAGACAGGAUAAGAACCGUAACCCUGUGUCAUAGGGCUGCAAAGGCACUAUCGGGGAGAGGCUUUUGAGAGAGAUACGGGUGAAGCGGAUCCUUUAAUGUACUAUGCUAGGUGGCAUAAAGAGUCUCUUUCUCAGUGCAUUUUGUUCCUGCUGUUUGUUCUGUCUGUUGGUAGUGGUUUUAAAAAAUUUCUUUGUAGGCCCGUGAUCUACGACCACCCUGAUCUACGAUCAGCCUGCUUAAGAUCUACGACCAACCUAACCUCCUCCUUACUUUCCGUGGAUUAGCUAGCCGCCUUACUUAGUGAAAGUGUCUCCGACUCAACCAAUACAAUAGGCGGGUCUUCUUCAGUCCGCUUGGAAAGCUAUAUUAUAUCUUCAACCAAAGUACCCGGCGCUUGACUGAAACUAGGAAUGCUAGAAAUGGUGGAGUCGUGUUGUGCUGGUUCUAGGCCUGCGUUCCCCCCAAGUGAACGGGUUAGCCUCCCUUUUCAUUCAGGGCAUCAUAUUCACGUGGGGCAAUCCAUGACUUAUAGUUAACAUUGAGCUGCCUCCCUUUCGGAAUCGGGGUAUACAUAGGAAUGAGUUCAUAAGCCACCCUUAUACUCCUCUCAUUUUGAAUGCGUCACUGAUCUACGACCAACCUUUAUGAAGAGCUAGCUGAGGUAAUCCGAUAGGUCCCAAUUCAAUAGGGAUUAUAAAGAUUAGAAAGACUAUCCUUUCUUUACACUGAUCUACGACCAACCUUGCUUCGGCUUUCUUACUCAGAAGAGGCUUAAGAGGGGCCAGCUAGACGAAAGAAAGAUGCUAGUGGGAUUAAGGAGAAGACCUCUUGCUAGGUCCGAUAGGACGCAAAGGCAGGUUUCAGUCUUUCUUCUAAGCAAAGGCAAGUUGCUUAAAAGCUCUUAGAACCGCUCCCGGUAACCACGUUUUGAGUUCCCUGCUCUGGAAGCGGAAAGCGGAAAUGGAAGCAGAUCAGUAUCGAGUGAAUGGAUACUCUGAGAUAGAACGAGAAAAAUGGAAUUUGAUUAAUUCAACUUAUAAUACUUUGGAACAAUUAGAAAAUUACAAAAAUGAAACCAUUCAUUUUGAACAACAAAGAGCGAUUAAUCAAGUCCGACAACGGGUUUUGCAACAAGCCUUACAAGGAGCUCUAGGAACUAUCAAUAGUUGUUUGAACAAGGAAUUACAUUUACGUACUAUCAGUGCUAAUAUUGGCAUGUUUGGGUCGAUGAAAGAAAUAAGAAAUAACUGAUUAGUCCUUACUACUGUAGGCAUUAUUUUUUUUUUUUCUUUCCAAAAAAGAAUUAAGAAAUAUUCAUGGUAACCAUCCGAGCCGACGAAAUUAGUAAUAUUAUCCGUGAACGCAUUGAACAAUAUAAUAGAGAAGUAAAGAUUGUAAAUACUGGUACCGUACUUCAAGUAGGCGAUGGCAUUGCUCGUAUUCAUGGUCUUGAUGAAGUAAUGGCAGGUGAAUUAGUAGAAUUUGAAGAAGGUACAAUAGGCAUUGCUUUGAAUUUGGAAUCAAAUAAUGUUGGUGUUGUAUUAAUGGGUGACGGUUUGAUGAUACAAGAGGGAAGUUCUGUAAAAGCAACAGGAAGAAUUGCUCAGAUACCUGUGAGUGAGGCUUAUUUGGGUCGUGUUAUAAAUGCCCUAGCGAAACCUAUUGAUGGUAGAGGUGAAAUUUCAGCUUCUGAAUCUCGGUUAAUUGAAUCUCCCGCUCCAGGUAUUAUUUCGAGACGUUCCGUAUAUGAGCCUCUUCAAACAGGGCUUAUUGCUAUUGAUUCGAUGAUCCCUAUAGGGCGUGGUCAACGAGAAUUAAUUAUUGGGGAUAGACAGACCGGUAAAACAGCAGUAGCCACAGAUACUAUUCUCAAUCAACAAGGGCAAAAUGUAAUAUGUGUUUAUGUAGCUAUUGGUCAAAAAGCAUCCUCUGUAGCUCAGGUAGUGACUACUUUCCAGGAAAGGGGAGCGAUGGAAUACACUAUUGUGGUAGCUGAAACGGCGGACUCGCCUGCUACAUUACAAUACCUUGCCCCUUAUACAGGAGCAGCUCUGGCUGAAUAUUUUAUGUACCGUAAACGACACACUUUAAUUAUUUAUGAUGAUCCCUCCAAACAAGCACAAGCUUAUCGUCAAAUGUCUCUUCUAUUACGAAGACCACCUGGUCGCGAAGCUUAUCCAGGAGAUGUUUUUUAUUUGCACUCACGCCUUUUGGAAAGAGCCGCUAAAUCAAGUUCUUCUUUAGGUGAAGGAAGUAUGACUGCUUUACCAAUAGUUGAGACCCAAUCGGGAGAUGUUUCGGCUUAUAUUCCCACGAAUGUAAUUUCCAUUACAGAUGGACAAAUAUUCUUAUCCGCCGAUUUAUUCAAUGCUGGAAUCAGGCCUGCUAUUAAUGUGGGUAUUUCCGUCUCCAGAGUAGGAUCCGCGGCUCAAAUUAAAGCCAUGAAACAAGUAGCUGGCAAAUCCAAAUUGGAACUGGCGCAAUUCGCAGAAUUAGAAGCCUUUGCACAAUUCGCUUCUGAUCUUGAUAAAGCUACUCAGAAUCAAUUGGCAAGAGGUCAACGAUUACGUGAAUUGCUCAAACAAUCCCAAUCAUCCCCUCUUACGGUGGAAGAACAGAUAAUGACUAUUUAUACUGGAACAAAUGGUUAUCUUGAUUCAUUAGAAAUUGGACAGGUAAGGAAAUUUCUUGCUGAGUUACGUAAUUACUUAAAAACGAAUAAACCUCAGUUCCAAGAAAUCAUAUCUUCUACCAAGACAUUCACCGAGGAAGCAGAAACCCUUUUGAAAGAAACUAUUCAGGAACAGAUGGAACGCUUUCUACUUCAGGAACAAGCAUAAAGAAAUUGAUCACUCUUAAUUCUUAGUCUAAUUAAUGAAUUUAAUA